AUGUUAGGUCUGCGCCGUGGGACAGCAUUCGCUUCUAUCGCUCCUGUCACGGCCAUGGCGUGGCAGCAAGUCAGGAUGCAGACCACCAAGCCAACACUGAAAGUGAUCAAGCCGGAAUCCGCCCAGCAAGAACUUGCUCGCCAACGCCUCCGGCGUCCUGUGUCGCCUCAUCUGGCCAUCUAUAAAUGGCAGGUGCACUCGAUCAGCUCCGCCAUGGAGCGAAACACCGGACUCCUCCUCGCCGGUGGCCUGUAUCUCUUUGGGACCUCCUAUCUGGUGGGUCCGUGGCUCGGCUGGGAUGUGUCUUCUGCUGCACUCGUCACAGCAUUUGGAGCACUGCCUUUGGCCGCCAAGGUCGUCAUCAAGUUCUGCGUCGCCUGGCCCGUUACAUUUCAUGUCUUUAGUGGCAUUCGUUAUGUUGUCGCCUCCACCGCACGCACACUGGAAAGACCUUACGCGUCUCCGCAAACAAGGCCAGUUUUGGCAUGUUUUUUCCCCAACUCGGCUGCUGCGGGUGGCUCUAUCAAAGGUGCCAUCAUUGCCCAAGACGAAAUCGAUACCUGGACGGUGCAUCGCUUUGUGCCCGUGGGAUUCGAUGAUACCCAGAUUACAUCGGAAGAGGCAGUGUAUAGUGUCCUUGGCGGCAUGGGUGAGCCUUAUGUCAUCGAAAUUGACCAAAUCCUGGUCCGUUCUACGUGGAGGCCGAGUAUCGCCGUGGCCAAGUCGUAUGGUGGUCCGAAACAGCGGGUACUACUGGCGGGAGAUGCCUGUCAUCAAACCGUCCCCACUUGUGGGCAUGGAAUGAAUAUGGGCAUCGCUGAGGCGUUCGAUCUCGGCUGGAAGUUAGCGGCCACCAUUUCUGGAUGGGGAGGAUCAUAUCUGCUUUCAUCCUACGAAGCGGACCGACGCCGGAUCGCGCAGAUGAGCGUGCAAUGGUCCCAACGCCAUAUGGGGAAUCUUAUGGGCUUGUCGGCUACGCUGCAGUUGGACGCUGACAUAAUUAAUUCGGAUACAAACGCUGGCAAGGACAUGAGGAAUCGGUGGCACGACUACUGCCAAUUGAAUGACGGACACAAUAAGAGCAUCGGCGUGGAGAUGGGAUACCGAUAUCAGUCCUCCAUAUGUGUUCUGAGUGAGCUGGAUCGCGAUUGUUCGGCUCCAGAGUUUGAUGCAAGGAGAUAUAUUCCUUCGACGUACCCCGGAUGUCGUGCACCUCAUGUCUUCCUGAAGAGCGGAACGCCUAUUUUCGAUCAAUAUGCGCGGGAGUUUACCCUGGUGGAAUUCCAAGACACAGCAACACCAUCUGCAGUGGGAUUGUUCCAACUCACUGCACACCGGCGCAGGGUGCCUUUGGAUGUAGUUUCCUUGCGCGGAGAAGACCAUGCGCAUCAGAUCUGA